AUGUCAGAUAUUCGAAAUCGAAAAGAGCUAGAGCCUUUGAUACAAAUGCCGCUGUCUAGUACGGUGGGACGAUCGUCCUCUGAUAAAAAAGCUCCUCCAGGUCAUAUUCCUUCAAAUCUACCCAAAAGCAGAUCGAAGACUGCUGAGUAUGGGUACGGAAUCGCAGGAACUCCCAAGGGCCAGGUGCCAGAGAAACAAAUGCGAGCGGGCGCACAAAGAACUUCACGGACAGCACAGAAACUAAAAUUGUUGCCUGAGGAACCAUUUCAAAGGGAUAAUGGCAGUCAAGAAUUGCGUGAUAGAGAUGUGUAUUCACAAGUGGACAGAAUAACGGAUAAGCCUGCCAGGCGAGAUGCUGAAAAGUUAGGCAAAGGGCAUAGACAUUUACUACCAAGAGCCACGGCAUACUGCACCUCUAGUAGUUAUCAUAUGAGAGAUUUAAUACGCUGGCUAAAAGACUGUAAAAAGUUACAUCAUACACAUCCAAAACUAUUUGAUGAGUGCCUUUAUACACCAUUCAUGUACAACGAUUGGAGAGGUGACAAAAGAUUUGAACAUGAAGACGUGAUCAGAUUGGAUGAUGAAGGCGGUGAAAUCAAUGUCAGCGAUAAGCAGCCAGAUUUGUUUAUUUUUGAAUAUGGGGUUAUAGUAUUGUGGGGUUUCACAGAAAGAGAGGAGAAGGCAUUUCUUAACGAUCUUGAGAGGUUUGAAAAAGAAAAGCUGGCAGUAGAAGAUGUUCAAGUUGAACAAUUUAACUACUAUGUUACUCAAAGUUAUCAACCAAGAAUUUAUAACGAUUUCAUCACCUUAAGAGACGGAUCCAACUAUAUGAUAAAGCUUUCAAUAUCUCAUGCCAUUGCUCAGAGUGUUAAAAUUUCCCUUUUUGAAGAGUUGGUGGACAAUACUAUUGAAGACACGCAAGACAUUCCUCAAGAAAUCGCAUCCAGUGGUAAAGUGUCAAUGAGUAAAGAAGAUAUUAUGAAAAGUAUCGGGGAACUGUUCAUCUUGCGAAUAAAUAUUAAUUUACAUGGAUCAGUACUUGAUUCUCCUGAAAUUAUGUGGUCAGAACCACAACUGGAACCAAUUUACCAUGCUACAAGAGGUUAUUUAGAGAUAAAUCAAAGAGUAGCUUUAUUGAAUCAGAGACUUGAAGUUAUUUCUGAUCUGUUACAGAUGUUGAAAGAACAAUUAGGGCACUCGCAUGAGGAAUAUUUGGAGUAUAUCGUUAUUAUAUUGGUUGGCGUUGAGCUUUUCAUAUCUAUAAUAAAUAUCGGCGUUGAUCUGGUAUCUAACAAGAAAUGA